AUGUCUGAUUUACAAUUGAGGAUUUUAAGCAAGCUGGGGGAGCUAGGGGAGCUGCCAUCCACGCGCGAACAAUUCCCCGAUGUGGACCCGCAGGUGGUGCUCUCGGCGCUGAACUCGCUGAAGGCCCACGGCAAGCUAGAGUACACUAAGCAGGACACUGUGUAUUACUCGCUGACCACAGAGGGUGAGACGAUUGUUGCUGAGGGCUCGCAUGAGGUGAAGCUGCUGCAGCUGGUGAGCCGGUUCGGCAAGCUGCAGAUCAAGGACGUGGCGGCGCAGCUGGGGCCGAACGGCAAGGUCGGGCAGGCGCGUGCGUUCAAGAACGGGUGGCUGGAGAAGACCCAGGACAACGAGCUGAUAGUGAGCAGCAAGGUGGGCGAUGCGGCCGCCGUCGUGGACGAGACGCGGGAGCAGCUGCUACGCGUGGUCAAGAACGAGACAAGCGGUCUGGGCGAUAAGCUGCUCAACGACCUCAAGAAGCGGAAGCUCAUCUUGCCGAAGAAGGAGACUACCUUCCACGUGGUCAAGGGCGCGGACUUCUCGACAGAGCUCACCAAGCUGGAGACCGACAUCACCUCGGACAUGGUGCUGACGGGCGCAUACAAGGACUUAAAGUUUAAGCCUUAUAACUUCAACUCACAGGGCCUGCCCUCGCAGUCCGGCGCGCUGCAUCCGCUAAGUAAGAUUCGGGAGGAGUUUAGACAGAUUUUCUUUGGCAUGGGCUUCACGGAAAUGCCCUCGAACCAAUAUGUCGAGACCGGCUUCUGGAACUUUGACACGCUCUUUGUGCCACAACAGCAUCCCGCACGUGAUCUACAGGAUACCUUCUACUUGAAGGACCCGAUCCAGUCCGACCUGCCAGAGGACAAGGAAUAUAUUGCCAACAUCAAGGCAGUGCAUGAGGAGGGCAAGUACGACUCUAUCGGCUACAGAUACAACUGGAAUGAGGAAGAGUCGCAAAAACUCGUUUUGAGAACUCACACUACUGCUAUUUCGGCCGCUAUGCUGCACAAACUGGCCGAAGACCCCAAGCCAACCCGUCUGUUCUCCAUAGACCGUGUGUUCCGUAACGAAGCUGUCGACGCGACACAUUUGGCAGAGUUCCACCAGGUGGAGGGUGUCCUGGCAGACUACAACAUCACUCUAGGUGACCUGAUCCAGUUCAUGGAGGACUUCUUUGCCAAGAUGGGUGUCACGGGCUUGCGUUUCAAGCCGACUUACAAUCCGUACACUGAGCCAUCCAUGGAGAUUUACUCGUGGCACAAGGGACUACAGAAAUGGGUUGAGAUCGGUAACUCCGGUCUGUUCAGACCAGAGAUGCUGGAGCCAAUGGGCCUACCAAAGGACCUGAGAGUCCUGGGAUGGGGUCUGUCCUUGGAGCGUCCUACUAUGAUCAAAUACGGGGUAAAAAACAUCCGGGAGCUUCUAGGACACAAGGUCUCCUUGGAUUUCAUUGCAAGUAACCCAGCAGCGCGUCUAGACGAAGAAUUGUACAAUUGA